AUGCCUAGCCAACAAACACAUCCUGUGGGCUUCAACAAUCAGAUCUCUUACGAUCCCUUCUUUCCUUCGAAUGAUAGUGAAGAAAAUCUUCUUCCGGUGCUCAGCGACUAUUCCUCUGUCCCUCAGUCCUUCUACUCGCCUACACCAGAGCGCAGUCAGAAUCCAAGUGAGGGAAGAUCUACCAGGUCGCCGAGCGCCCCUCAGCGCGACUUGACUCCUAACAAAGUCCCACUAAACGGAUAUCACGGCUCAUCGUCGCCCAAUUCGAAUGCUGAAUUCGACUCUGGGAAUGACGAUUACGACUUUCUAAGUCCUAAUCCCUAUCGGUCUGAGAACGAUUAUAGCGUAUCAAGUGAACACACAGCAACACCGGAGAAUGCUGGCUUUUAUCUCGAAGAUCAUUUCGGCGCCUUAGAUCAAGCUCGCCAGAGUCAUUUCCAGGAUCUUAGUUCCAAUCAGGACAAUUCUGCAUCAGCCUAUACACGAUCGAACCUCAUCCACCGCCUCUCUUCCGGAGCAGCCACCAAAGCUUCUUCACACCUAAUGAGUCCUGUGUUGACCGAUCCUGCCGGCACAUCUACCAGGGACGGCACUUCAACCCCGCCAACAGUGGGUGUUCAGGUCAAAGAAGAGCCCAUCCACAACAUCCACAUGAAUACAAUUCAUCAAAUUGGUCAACACGAGCAUUUUCAGCGGACACCACCCACAACAGACAGCUCGAAGACCACAAGUCCUAAUAUGCCUAGCUCAAUUCCGGAUAUUGCUCGUGCUGCAAGUCCUGUCAUUCGAGUCGAUCAAUAUGCCAGGGGCGACUCACCCGCUCGCCAAAUCAACCAAGACAGCCAUGUGAAGAGAAGGCAUCGAGGUAGCUUCUCUUCCCAUCUAUCAGUGCAUGAUGAGCCAGAUGAUGCGGAAGGCGACGAGGAACGCUUCAAUGACAGAAGACCACUGGAUCCUAUUGCUCGCUCGAACUUGAGAGGAGCGCCUGUGCAGAACCUAAAAGACCAGGAAGAUGCAGCUUCGCGCGCAUUGAAAAACGCAGAUGUGGAAGACUGGCUUGAUCAUAGUGCUCCUGUUAGCGACGCUGAGGAUGGUCUUCCACCAAUGCGACCAAGAGAGAUUGGUCGGCGACGAAGAGCUAAAAGCGCUGGAGCCCAGAAAUUGUCCCACGCAAAUCUAGAAUCUCUCGAGACGACACCUGUGGACACGCAUAUACCUGGUCCAGGAGUUCUCGUUGACGAGAGUAGUGGGGAAGAGGAUGACUCUGAUUCCGGGCCCCCAAGCAUUGACGACUCUCCCAUUCCAACCCCCACCAAAGGCAUGAAUGAGUUGCCCGGGGAAGCGAGGCCCGGCGUAUAUGAUGAGUUACCAAACCAGCCAUCACUAUAUCGAGCAACGUUAUGGCAGGAUAGCAUCCAUGACUCCUCGGAUCCGGGUGUGAAAAUGCAACCAAUGUCGUCUAACGAAGCAAUUGUGAGGUUCCAGCAACGAGCUGCCGAUGUAGAGACAAUGUCGCGUGUUGCGACCUGGGGAACGAGAAGAAGAAGCGAAUCAGACUUGCAUAGCUUGUUCCGUUGCUUUACCCUGAACAGCGAAAAGGAUGACGGUCCAGAAACAUCAGACAAGAAGAAACGUGAUAGAAGUGGGAGCAUUUUGCACCGACUUGUACCAAAGCGGAACGCAACCCUUAAGCGCAAAGAGAGCGAGAAAGCGAAGCAAGCUACUGCCACCAGGCCUACUGUUGGGGAUCAUUCGAGGACGGAUAGUGGCGAUAGUCGUCACGGUAGUCUAGCCGUUCCACGUUCUACACCUGCAGGUCUCAAGAGAAUGGGUAGUCUAGGAAAGCGACCAAGAUCACCUCGAAUUGACACAGGCAGCGCGGUGGCUGCUAUGGCCGGCCAGAUUGCGUCGAUGGGCAGCAGCGGACCACUCAGUGCCACCGGCGUAUCAUCGCCUCCUGGACAAAGAGGGAAUCAUAAGGCUGCAAUGAAACGCUCAGCGAGCCGGAGCGAGCUCAACAAUGGCUUGUCCCUUGCUACAGUAACCAACGACCCCGGAAUUGCCGAUCUCUUGACUAAACAGGGUGGUCCCCCAAUGCCAACAUUGGCUGCACCAAAAACAGAGGAUCUAGAUCAUACUGUCGGCUUCGAGGAAGAUGAGGAAGACGAAACUCUCGAGGAUGAAGGCAUCACUAUGGAUCUCUCAAUCAAAGCCGAUCCUAUUGUACCAACCUUGGAGGGCUUCCGAAUAAACAUCCGUCAUCUAAACCCUCGCUUGCCUCCCUUCAUGUUUGAUCGAGUUGCCCAGGAACAACUACGACGAUACAAGAAAUUACUUGACUUCAAAGUCAAGCACGUUCAAGCUAUUAGCAGUGGCAAAUGCUCCUCGGGAAAGCAUUGUACUGAACUUGGCGGUGAACCCACGUAUCUACCGUCUAAACUGACCCGGGAACCAGAGAUGUCUCAAGCAGGCUUCUCUGUCUCCGGAAUUGGUCCUUCAGAGGACGACGUCAAUGCCCUCGCAGAAGGCUUUGUGACGCCCGCCCAGUUUCCGCCUGGGGUUCCCAUGCCACCCGUGAAACGCUUACCCGCUGAAUUCGAAUGUUCUCUCUGUUUCCGCGUCAAGAAAUUCAACAAACCAUCAGAUUGGUCGAAACAUGUCCAUGAAGACGUUCAGCCUUUCACUUGUACUUUCCCAACUUGCGCAGAGCCAAAGUCAUUCAAGCGCAAAGCCGAUUGGGUCAGACAUGAAAAUGAAAGGCACCGACAAUUAGAAUGGUGGCAAUGCAACAUCAAUGAAUGCACCCACCGAUGCUACCGCAAAGACAAUUUUGUUCAACAUCUGGUUCGCGAGCACAAAUUGCCGGAACCGAAGUAUAAGACGGUGAAAGCUGGAAAGCCUGCGGUUCGAGGACCUUCAGCUCACAAGGCCAAAUUUCCUAAGCCGAGCAGUGUCCGAGACGGCGAACCGCAAAAUGAAACCGAUCAAGUCUGGAAGAUGGUCGAAGAUUGUCGGCACGAAACACGUAAAAACCCACGCGAGGAAGCUUGCAAGUUCUGCGGAAAUAUCUGCAAUAGCUGGAAGAAAUUGACCGUUCACCUCGCGAAGCAUAUGGAGCAAGUCAGCAUGCCCGUUUUGAGCAUCGUAAAGCAGAAGGAUGUCACUCCAGAGACUAUUAUUAGUCCAAUCGAGCAGUCUCGCAUUACAUCACAGCCUACGAGCAUGUCACCUAUCUCUCAAGGUGGCCCCCAGUCGCCAUUCCACGCACCAGGCGUAGUGACAGAUAACAUGCCAGCUGGCUUUGCACCACUGGCUUCUCAAUCAAAUUACCAGUUGGAGGGCCAUUACCAGCGAGCAUCUCCAAGCACUUACCCUCCCCCGGCUCGCCAACAACAAUUGGCUGCUGCCUAUGCUCAAGGCCGUGAGACGAUUCCCACCAUACCAGAUUACGGUCACUAUGGCGCUUCUGCCCCUUCAUUCAAUCCGAUGAGCACCCCAAGGGCUUACGACUCUCAACCGACAUCGAGCCCAAGCGAGAUGUAUAGCGUUCAAGCACUGUCGUCCCAGCAUCGCUCAUCGCCCUACCAAGACCGGGCUGCUUUCCGUUAUUCACCUCAACAUGAGCCGCCAUAUGCCAACAAUUCCGCUGAGAAUUCUGCUUUUCAAUUUGGCGGGGCAUUGCCCGCAUCAUUGCAAGACCCUUCUAACCCUCCGAGAACCUAUGCACAGCCAAAUCCAUCCUCAAACAUGUAUUCGCAGCAGAUUAGACACAUGAACACAGCAGCAGCCGAUCCCAACUUCCAGCAGUCGCAAGCGCAACAGCAUUUCCAGGGUCACAUUGGCACCCCCAAUAUAGGAUACAGCAUCGAUCAGAUACAAGGACUCACGACGACGACGAGUGACAGCGGAAUGAACGUUUAUGGCCAGCCGAUGGUCAACGGGACGUUUGGUUAUCGCUGA